AUGCCUAACAACACCUCUCCUCAUCGUGCAUCCUUUCUGAUUACAUCAGAAUCGUCAAUACCAAGGCGUUCUUCAAGUAUUCGUAAUACCAGUACCACCACCACCACCAAAGCAUCACGACGCCGAUCUUCAGUUACUGCCAUGACGGCAUCAUCUCGUGCUAAAAUCAAACAACAACAACAACAACAAUCUGACAUAAAUGACAAGCGUAAUUCAACAAAGAAAUCAUCACCUGGUAAUCAUGCCGAACCCAACUCAGCCCGCAACAGACGCCUGCUGGCUGAACUUUGCUCUAUAAAUGACAACCAAAACACAAUGCAAAAAGAGAAUGAGGAUGAUGAUGAUGAUAGCAUGUGGAAGGAGCUGAUACAUAUCAAGGAACGUCUUCAAAAGCUUGAAGUGAAAAAGGACGAUGGUGAUGAUAAUGCAGAAGACAUGUUUAGCUCUUCAACAACAACUAGCAGCAGCACAACCACUACUUUACGCACACCCACCUCCAUACCUGCUGCUCAGCAAGUGCAACAACUCCCCCAACGCACCACCGUGCAUCAACGUCGCCUUGAGGAAGCUUAUCGUCAAUUUGAGCAACAACAGCCACCCAUGUCCCCAUUGGUUCGAACCAUGGCAAACGUUGUUUCUGAAACGAUUACCAUGAAUCAACGCUUAUGGGCAUCUAUUCCAAGAGAUCUCGAUGCACGUUCCUUGGUAGCUUUGCAAAAGAGUAGUGAUCAUCAACUUAAGGAAUUGACCAUGGCGUUGCAACAAAUGUCGGCAGCUCCAUUAUCACCACCAUCACCACCCACUACAGCUACUACUACACCACCUUCUUAUUACCCCAACUAUCAUCAACAACAACUUUACUAUCAUCAACAACAACAACAACACCAUAACACCCAUAUUCCCCGGUAUGCUUCAUCUUACCAUGCUGGGGUCUCGCCAGCUAUAAGACCUACCAAAGUAGCCGGCAUCUUGGAUUAUAGUCAUCCACAACAACAAGAUUACCUUGCUAGCCCACCCAGUUCAAGUAGUAUGACAACUCGUUCGUCUCCACGUUAUCAUCUUGAACCUCGUUACAGCAGCCAUCAUUUGUUUUAUAGCGGCUAA